GACGUCGCUCCUGUUUUAGCACAAGCUCGGUCAGUAGUAUGUGCAGUGCAGUCAAUCUAAUGGGAACCUGAGGUUUAAUUAAGCAACAUGCGAGUAGUAUCAGGGGGCCCACUGGUUGAAAAGUUGGCUCCGAGGUUCAGGGAUGAUGGGUUGCAGUACGCGUCGGCUGUCGAGGGUUCAUCUGUGACGUUGUCCACGGAGCUGGUGGAGUGCGGACCGGAAACGGAAAUAUCUUGGUCAAAGGAUGGAGAGCCAUUGCCACCGGAACCGGCGCCAAGACACAAGAUCAAGACAACGAACAACUUGGUGCAGUUAGCUUUAGACGAGGUGCAGAAGCAGGAUGCCGGGAUCUAUACUGUAUCCGCCAAGAACGCGGCGGGUACCGCGUGCAGAGACCUGGAGCUGCGGGUCACCGCCGAAGGACAUUUGGCAGCCGAGGAUGAGGCACCGGCGUUCCUCCGUCGGCUGAACGACCUCACCGUCAAAGUGGGAACUCGCACUAGGUUCCUAGUGGAGAUCAAAAGCUACACUGACCUUACGAUCGAAUGGUAUCAAAACGAAACGCUUGUAAAGGAGGGCGAAAGAUUUCGCUUCGUCAACGAAUGCGGCUUUCAUUGCAUCGAUGUCGCUCCUGUCAUAGCUCAAGACGCUGGACUGUGGAAGUGCGAAGCUACAAACGACUCGGGAACCGUAAAGAGUUCCUGCCAAUUAAACGUCUUAAUUCCUAAGACAUACAAAGCGCCAGAGUUCCUCGAGAAUCUACGCGCAUUACUUACAGAACAAGGUACGGUUUCCUUGGAAUGCAAGGUGGUCGGAGUGCCGACGCCUCUGCUGAGAUGGUUCAAGGAUGGAAGGGAGAUCAGAGCAGGAGAUGUUUUCGCCCUCACUGCCAACCCCGACGAUCCGACCUCUUUGGGGACGUACACGUGCGAGGCUGUCAACUGCAUGGGCAAGGUAUACUCUACCUCGAAGGUCCACGUGGUGGGACGUGGAAGUCGCGAGGGUUCUAUGAAACCCGCCGACAGCACUCCGAGUGGACCAGCGCCAAUAUUUUCUAGGGAUCUUCAAGAUGAAUUCAUUAAGAUCGGCGACACGUUGCAGCUUUCCUGUCAAGUUGCUGUCCCACCAUGGCCGAAAAGUAUAACCUGGUACAAUUCAGAAGGAAAGAUCGAGUCGGAAAGUGCAGACUCGAGGUACCACGAAAGAGCCGAUGGAUUGGGCGGAUACGGAUUAGAAAUUAAACCCACGGAAGCUUGUGAUUCUGGAGAGUGGAAAUGCAUCGCAACCAGUUCGGGCGGUGUCAAUUCGUGCUCCACUUGCCAGAUUAAAAUGAUCAUUCCUAAGCACUUCCGUAAACCAAGAUUCAUGGAAAGUCUCAAAGCCGUCUUAACGGAAGAGGGUUUAGUAUCUUUCGAAUGCAAAGUCGUCGGAUCACCGACGCCGUUGCUCAGAUGGUUCAAGGAUGGGCACGAGCUGAAGCCGGGGGAUGUUUACCAAUUGACGGGCACCAAUUCUUUGGGAUCCUACUGCUGCAUCGCAAAGAACUGCAUGGGCGAAGCGAACAGCUCAGCAGAGUUAACGGUGGAGGAUAUCCAAAACCAGUUGAACGACGAGGAACGCCAGCAACUCAUUUUGAAGAGUCAAGCGCCGAAGUUCAUUCACGGAUUGAGAAGCUGCGAAGGCAAAAUUAACGAACAUUUCAGAUUUACAGUUCAAGUUAACGUAUCUCCGAUGCCUUCUUUGGCUUGGUACAGAGAUGAUAAUCCAAUAGAAAUCGAACCGGAUAGAUAUCUCGUAAAGAAUGAGUCUUCGGGCACAAGCAAUUUGGAUAUCGUGCGUUUGGAGUUCAUCGAUCAAGCGGAAUGGAAAUGCGUGGCUACAAAUGAAUUCGGUCAUUCCGUAACGUCCUGUUUCCUGCGCAUGAUAGUCCCCAAACACUUCAAACGUCCUCGCUUCCUGGAAUGCCUCCGAGCUGUGCUGUCUGAAGAGGGCGCUGUUAAUUUAGAGUGCAAAGUAAUUGGAGUUCCGCAACCUGUUCUUAAGUGGUACAAGGAUGGCGUUGAACUAAAACCUGGUGAUAUACAUAGGAUAACAUCCGGAGAGGAUGGAACUUGCUGCUUGGGUGUUUAUACUUGCGAAGCUCGUAACUGUAUGGGAACAGUGGCAUCAUCUGCUUCUUUGUUAGGAUUCGAAGAUCAAAGUAAAACUAGAGCGGAGCAACAACGUAUCGAAUUAGCGAGAGUCCCAUCGCUAUCAACUAUUCAUGAAGAGAGGACUUCUCAGAUGUACGAUACUCCUCAAGGUGAUAUUUCUCUGACCCUGAACGAUCAUGGAGAAAUAUCGUUUUCGUUCGAUGGAAAGGAAGUUUCCGUUUCAUUGUACGAGACUCCGGAUAUUACCGAAGAGGAGGCAAUCAAAAUCGUGGAAAUGUACGCAGAUCAAUUGUCCGAGCACGUAUCAGCACAUAAUAUUGUCGAACUGCCGCCCAUGAGAUUUGUCAAAGAAACGUCGACGUCUGGUAAUUUACUCAUGGAAGCGGUGGUGGUCGAUGUUUCCGAAGACUAUUUCACUUCGGCCGAGGAGGAUUUACGUACAGAAGCUGAUGUUGAUGAAAUAUAUUCGAUUUCCGACGAGACGAGAGCGUUUUCCCCGGAUAGCAACGGUGAUGGCCCCAGGAGGCCUCCGCGCAGGAAGAACGAUUCCCAGAAGAGUACCUAUUACAGUUUGACGAAGAAUAGCUCUGAAACCGGAGACGAAAGUCUUGCGGCCGGUGUUGAUUUGGACAGUGAAUAUGAAAGCGCGAUGGAUUCGAAACACGAGACGGACAUUGCAUAUCAAGUGGCUGCAAUUACUGAAACCACGAGCUUACCAGGAGAUGACUUGAGGGAAUCCUCGGCGACUCCUCAGAACACACACGAAAUAGGAUCAGAUUUGCGCGUGAACAGAUUGGAUGAUGACAGGAGAAAAAUGAGAAGAAAACGAAGAAAUAGCAGACACUCGUCACAUAGUUCCGACGAUGAAUUGAAAUUCAAGAAGGCGCACAGUUUAGAAAUGGGCGAACCCUUCUUCAGAGACAUCCAAGGCGAAGAAGGAGACGGUUUAGUAAUAGACCCCGAAGAGCAGAAAGCUAUUAUCAAAGAAUUGAAGAAAACCGAAAAAGAAAUUUGCCAGAAACUGAAAGAAGUUAUAUUCGAUAUUCAAGGUGGUUUACUGAAAGUCGAGGAAGAUUUGCUAAUCCAAUCCUCUCUGAAAACUACAGCUGCCGCUGCCAAUAAGAGCUUAGAAAUGUUAAACAGCAUCGUUGAACCAAUCAAAGACAUAGAAACGUUCCUUCAAGCAUUGGAACAACAGGAGGAAGACAUUCCCAUUACCGAAUUGAUAGCUCCUCCGAUUUUUGAGUUACAAAAAAGCCUAUCCGUUGCUGGAAAGUGUAUUGAAGUGCAAGGUAAAGAACACACGUUAAUACAAAGAACAUGCAUCAAUAUUUUAACAACGAACACCAAGAAAAUUCAGUCCGGCCUAAAGCUCAUAGAAGAGAUGACCUUACUCGAGAAGGAGAUGAUCCCUGUCAAAGCUCCCGGUCGUCAAACGCCCUCAAAAAUAAUACAAGAAGUAUUAAUCACCAUUCAAGAACUGCAAUCAGGCCUUGAUAAAUCACAGUUUAUCAUUGAAACAAAGAAAGUCUUGCAAGAGAAGCCGGAAAAUACAGAUGUGCUUUUAAAAUUCGCAGAACCCGCUUUCGAAAUGAAAGAUGCCAUCAACAGUUUGAGAGAUUUAUCGAUGAAAGGUGAACAGUUGGAAAUUAAAUUAAUUAGUGAAAAAUUGCAAACGCCUAUCAAAAUAUUAUGCGAUGAACUAAAGAAAGUCGAAAACGAUGCAAUCGCUUAUUCUCAUGAGCUGCAUUACGCAAUUCUCGAUCAACUUUCGAGUCCUGUGCUAGAGUUGAAGAGAAGUUUGGAGGAGUGCAACAAUGCUAGAGCUUCUUUGGAAUUGGAGAAGUUCGAAGUACCAUUGGAAGAGGUCAUUGGUAGUUUAUCGAAACUUGGUAAAAGAAGCUGCGGAUCUACUGAAGAGAUCGUGCAGGAAGUGUUCGAUCAAGUGAGAAAUUUAGUUCUGGAUAACAUGUCGAGGUCAGUUCAGGAUUUCUUAAGCAAUAUAGAAACCGCGCAGAAAUCCAUAAACAACACAAAGGUUUUAGAGGCUUUACGACAAAUGUCCAGUCUGCAGAAGGACUUUGCCAGUGUGGUGCAAAAAGUAACCGAUGAUAAUUCAGAAAUCGCAAUCUUGGCUUUAGAAAGUUUGGCGCAACCAAUUGAAAUGAUUAAUAAUCAAAUCAUAGAAGUUUCCAGUUCUUUGCCUUCAGAUAUAUUGGAUGAUUUGAUAGCUUGUUUAAGUAUUCUCGAGGACUGCAUCUGCCUGGACGAGAGAUUAGAGGAGAACGUGAACAUUUUCAUACCGUUUUCAAUACUCAAAGGACGCACGCACGAGGUUAAAGACAACAUUUUGGUGUUAACCGAUCAGACCUUAUCCCAAGAACAUAAAACUGAUUCAGUUAAAAUGGAAUUGGUUGAUCCGACUAUAGAUUCUAUCCCGGAAGAGGACGUUGCUAAUAGAUUAGUCGAAUUGAAGAGGUGCAUCGCCGCAAUUCAAACUGCUCCAAUAAUGAUGGAAAAACCAGAUGUGCAACCAACGCAAACGGCAACUAAAGCUUUCAUAGAAACAGUUAACACUUUACAAGUGUCCUUGGCUAAACUUGAAACGGGUAUCGAGUUCGAAACAGCUGAACAAAUGGAGCUAUUUGCAAAUGCCAAUGAAGUUAUAGACUGCGUUGAAAAGUUGAAAAGUUCCACUGCUCUAUUUGCGCAAACCGAAGAACCAGUCAUUACAGUUGCUGAUUUAGUGGAAAUCAAAUCUCUUAACAAACCUCUCGAAAAGUUGAACACGACUAUAACUAAAGUGGAUUCUUUCAAGAAAAUUAAAGAUGCAGCCAAGGAUCUCGAUUUGCAAUUGGAAUUCAAAGAUUUCACCGCCAGUGAAGAAGUAGAAGAAUUGUGUAAUUUGCUUAUAGAAAUGAAGAAAGCGUUAGAUUCGAGUGUGGGAGUAAAAUCUUCAGCACAAAACUUAUUGAUUGAAGCAAGAAAGUUAGGACAUCAAGUACCAACUAUUGUAACAUUCGGUGAGAAUAUUGUUAAACGCGAAUGUGUCAAAGAAUUGAACGAAUCUUUGCAAACAGACCUUUCUAUGGAACAGUUAACAGAAAUCGAAAGAGUGGUAGAUUCUAUUCACGACUUAAAUAGUUUAGACGACUUCGUUCAGAAAGUAAGUCAAUCAACUGAACUUUCAUCACAAAACUUGCCCACCGAAUGUGUUCCGAUAUUGAAGAUAAUAACCGAGUCUCGCGACGAAAUUAAAACUCUCAUCAAAUCGGUAAUGGAUAGAAGCAAAGAAAACAUAUUAUUCUCUAAAUUGAAGCCAAAAUUGCAACUACUUCCUUUGAAAAACGUACCCAAAGAAUCAGAGUUGAAGCAGAUAUUAGUUUCGCUUUUGAAAUAUCCGCAGGAAAUGAGCGCAGAAAAUCUUAAGAAAUCUUUGGACAAUCUCAAAGGCGAUGAGCAUCGCGCAUUCAAAUCAGAACUAAGAGAUCUUUUAAGUGUUGCUGUUACAAAGCAAAACGAAAACGCAAAUCAAAUCCAACGUUUGUCUGAAUGUGCACAAGAGAUUGUUAAAAAUAUUGCAAAAAUCAAAUCUGCUUCUGUGAACAAACAGUUGGUCAUCGAUUUGCAGAAAAUGCUGAUGUCCAUGCAGAUGUCCGUCAACGAUUUGAUGUGUGUUAACUUAAACGAAGCAGAUUUGAAAUUGAUAAGUGAUGCUAAUGUUUUCCUUGAACAACUAAAUUCUUGUGUUGUAGCUGAAAGAGAUUCAGAAGCACAACGAGAAUUCAGUUUCGAAAUGAAUGAAAAUACUAGUUUGGUAACAAAACCUUUAGUGGAAAUUUUAACAUCCAUCAAAUCAAAUACACCAAUGAUUGUAGAGCAGUUAGGUAGAGCACAUAUCGAUGCUUAUGUUGAGAGCAAAUUCACCAAACCCAUCGAUAACAUCGAGGAAAAGCUUGAAAGCAUGCACCCUGAAGAACAAAAAUUGGUUCUCAACGAAUACUUGACAAAUAUUAGAGGAAUUGCAUCAGAGACGAUUGAGAAAAGUACAUUGAAUGACGAUGAAACUAAUUACAUGAAAAACGUGGAGAAUUUUGCCAAUAAAGUGGAGAAUAUUGUAGCCAAAUCCGAUAGCACUCCAGAUAUGCUUGUGGAGGUCGAACAAAAAGCGCAAGAGGUGGUAGAAGCAGGAACCAAACUGCGCGAAUCACCGCUGAGGAAUAUUACUCCAGCCAUAAAGAAAAUCUGCAAAAUAGUCAUCAAAGUUUUACAACCAGGCGAAGAAUACCUGAAAGAAAGCCAAGUCGCUAAAAUGGAAGAGCUUAAACCUGAGGAGGAUGUUGAGUCAUUUGAAAUGUUGGUGUCUCCUCAAAUAUUUCAAGAUGAAAAUGUUGCCGAACUUCAAGAGGAGCCUAAAGAAGUUUUGUACUAUCUCGAUGAUGAGUUGUUAAAACCAAUAUUGAAUGCAAUCGAAACUGUCGUAGUAACAGCAGAAUCUUGCGAUUCUAGGCAGAAGGCAAUUCUUACACUUCUUUCACCAUUAAAAGCAUCCGAUUCUUUGAAAGCAAUCCACUUAGAUUCGCUUAGAAUCGAAGAACACAACGUUUUGCAAUUGUCGCAGCAGAUGCUAAUUUCGAUGAACGAAAGUUUAAUAAAUCAAGAAACUACAUCAGAGUUUAGCACCAAUCUUGCUAACAUGGAGCAACAUUUGAGUAUGUUGGAAAAGUCCUGCUUAAAAGAUCUUGCAGUACCGAUUAUAAAUGCCGCACAGUCCGUGAGGCAAUCCUUCGUCGGCACUGAACUUGCCAUCAAGAAUAUGCAAGAUCUAAAAGAUGCAGUCUCGGACAUAGAGAAGCACAGAUUGAACAGCCAAAAGAAACUUGCGCUGGUGGAAUUGAAGAGAUCAGUUAUCAACCUCGAUGAGUCCAUUCGUAAGAAUACAGUUAACAUCAAUAAUUUGAAGGCAGAGGAUCAAGCUGCUAUAGCGCAGACUGAAUCUGCUUUGGAAAUGCUAAAACUGUGCAUAAGCAGUACGCAAGUUCCUGUGGAGAACGUAAAAGUAAAAGUGGAAGAGUUAACUUUGGCCGUGGUUGCAGUCGAAAAGGAUUCUCCGGUUAAAAGUGUCAUGGAAUCUUUGGAGGAAACUGUUAAGAACGUAGUUAAUCUAAUUGAAAACAUCCCAGAGAUUACAGCAGACACAACCGCCUUGAACAAUUUCCACGCAACCUUAAGCGAGGCUCAAAGCGUCUUGACUAAAGUUAAGAAUGUGCCUGAGGAUAAGCAAAGGAUAUUUUUCGAUAUCGUUUUAAACAUCAACGAGCUUCAAGUUCCCGGCGAUCUUAGCGUCAUUGAAAACACCGACAAAUUGCUCAGGGAGUUUGUUAAUUUCAUUAAAGACAAUGAAACUGUUAAAGAGCAAAAGCACAAGAAAUUAAUUACCACAAUCAAUGAAACUAGAAACACGUUGGAAACAGCAGAUUCGACUAGGCAUUUGCUGAUCAACAUUUUGAAAUUCCUUGAAACUCCUCCAGCUAAAGAGAAACCAGUUGCUAGACAAUUGAGGGAUUUGCAAGAAGCCGUUCAGUAUUUCCAAGAGACAGUCGCCAGUUUGGAUAUUAAAAUGGAUAACAAAACUAAGAGGAUUUUGGCCACCGAAAUGCCACGUCCACUCACUGCCAUGCAAUUCAUUUCGGACACUAUCCUCAUCAGUAACAACGAUAAGUUAUCAUCUGAUGACUUGCACUUAAUGGAUAAUAUCUCUAAAUGCAUUCAAGAAUUCAACAGUUUCGUUGAACAACCUUCAGUAGAUGAUGGCAUGGUCAUAAAAAUGAAAGAGGUCUCUGAUAAUUUGAAAGUGGUCGUUGCUAGCGUAAAUCAAGAUUCUAUAAUCAAGGACAUCUUGGAACCAUUGCAAGACGUGUCCAGAACAACGGAAAAAGUAGUUGAGCGUGAGAUUUGCAUCGCCAAAGAGAUUGCUCUCAGUAGAUUCGAAAGAUCCUUCCGAGAGAUGAACGAAUGUUUAGGAAAGCCAGUGAAGGCUGUAGCGUUACCUGAACAACAUGAAUUAUCGUUAGAUGAUAUUAUACCUUUGAACGCUUUCAGCGAUUCCGCUGAUUCAGUUUUGCAGCAGCCUGAAAACAUCGAGAGUUUAAAUGAAAUUAUUCAAGUAUUUUUGGAAAGGAAUCAGAGUCAGUUUGCUGAAAACCUUAAGGAACAGAUGGUUACAGUGAAGACUGCGGUAGAAAAAACUAGCAGAUUACAGAAAACUUUGAACACAAUCCAAGAGUCGUGCGUUUCGUUGACAAACGAAAGCUCCAAUAUUGAAAUGUCUAAAAAAAUGGUAAUAGCUGAAAUGGUACAGCCAUUAAUCGAUAUCAAAGAAGCUAUUCCUGGCUUGGAAAUCAGCGAGGAAAUCAUUAAGUCUAUGCAGGAUGUAGCUAAAUCUCUACAAACUACAACAGAGGUAAAGAAGGAGGAUGUAUUGAAAAUCGCACUAUCUAGCGUUAAAGAAAACAUAGAAAAAUUAACUCUUGGUCAAGACGAAGUAAAGCAACAACAAUUACAGAAACCCAUGAAAGUAUUGUUCCAUCAUUUGGACUUAAUGAAAGCCAAAGAUUCUUUAAAGAAAAUAGAAAUGCCUUUGGUUGAAUUAACAAGUAAUUUGGAGAGUAUGAAGACGAAGUUGCAACAAGUUAAAGGCGAACAAACUGGUGCACUUAGGAUCAUAGAAAUUCAAUCCGCUUCUCAAGAAUUGUUAAAUGCUUUAAAUAAGACAUCUUCUGUUGACGUCAUGACUAACUUAGGAACGCCAAUUUUGGAAGCGGCUGUUGCCAUAUCAACGGUAAAUAACGUGUUGAACAACGAGAAAGCUUUGAAGAUACAAAGGCCGAUUGUCCUAGAAAAGUUGGAGGACUUGAAUAAGGAGAUUGUUAAAGCAUCUGAAGUCGUUAACGAUGUCCCUCUUAAAGAAGCACUGUUAAAUGUUAACUCUCAAAUCUGCAAAACAGUUCAAAACAUAAACAAAGAUAUUAAAGAUGAAAGCUUGCAAACUGUUUUACAACCAAUCAAAGAAAUCGAGGUAAAACUUGCCGAAUGUAAAAAACACGAGGAAUUAAAACUUCCCUUGGAUAACUUAAGAAAGUGCUUGCCCGAAUCAGAAAAUGCUACAAUUCUUGAAGUUCCAUUGAAAAAAUUAGCAACGAUGAUGGAGAAAAAUUUGGACGGUAACAGGGCUAGUGUGAAGGAAGUUUUAGUUAACUUGAAAGAAGUUAAAUCUAUUGUUGAAAAGAAGGAAAAUAAGCAGGAAAUGUUGGUAGAGCCAGUGGAUCAGUUGAUUGGAUGUAUCGCAAAAUUAGAAGAAAGCACUUCUAUCAAAUUGCCUAUUACUAAAUUACGAAGCGAAUUGGAAAUAUUAAAGUCUAAAGUGGAAAACGUCGAAGAGGCUAAGAAACUAAAAGCCGUAUUAGUGUUGGAAGAAGUUUUGGGUGUUUUAGAGACUAAAAUAGAAACCGAGGAAGAGGAUAACUUGCAAUGUUUGCAAAAGCCUUUGGAGGAUGUAGCUUCAGCUAUUGCUGAAUUACAAACUGAAGAAAAGUUAAUGCAUGCUUUGACUAAUUUAAUGGAUAACUCUGCAUGUUUAGUAGAACAAAACAUUGAAUGUGAAGCCAAUACAUUGAUGGUAGCGAAGAUUACUGAUAUAAAAGAGGCUAUCGUUAAAAAUCCAUUGACCAAAUUGCAAUUAAGUGUAGACCAAAUGAACGCUGUUAUCGAGAAAGACUCGGAAAAGCCUCAAAGAGCAUUGAUAAGUGUGGGAGAUUUGGAAAAACCAUUAGAAAUUAUCAAAGAAGCAACUAUCGCCGAUUGGGAGUUGAUUGAAGGACCAAUUCAAGAAUUCACCGAAGCUAUUUCUUUGGCUACUAAAGCUAUAGGUAAUAGAGAAACCCUAGAAAUGGAAACGUUGAGAGUAUCCUUCUCUCAAAUUGCUAAGAAAUUGGAGGAGACGCAACUAGAAAAAGUAAUACCGUUAGCAGGAAAACUGAGAGAAGUUGAAGACGUUUUAGUAGCUGAAAUCAAAUUAGAAUCAUUGAAGGCUCCAAUUAUUAAAUUGCAUACUGAACUGAACGAAAUUCAAGCUGUAUUCGCUGAUAAGAAGUUGGAACCUCAAAUGGGUCUUCUAGAAUUGCUCCUACCGCUUGAGAUAUUGAACGAAACCAUAUCACUCGUCGAGGAUUCGGAGAUAGUCGAAGAUUUGUUCUUGGAUUGUAUGGACCAGUUGGACUGUUUACAAGAACCGCUGAAAGAAUUGUCUUAUGUUGUUGGUAUCAUCAGAAACGUACUUGAAAAUCCUGCUUUGAUGGAAGUAGAGAAACCAAACCUGAGGAAAGCAGUGCUUGCUCUGCUGGAAUCCUUGAAGAAAAUCGAUCAAACGAAGCCUCAAUUUAAGCAGAUCGAAAAGAUGGGUGAUUGUUUACAAGCUAUGAUGGGUAGCCUAUCGGAGAAACAAGAUGAAAUUGUUACGUCAAUAGAAGCAGUGAAGACUCCGAUCGUUCAGUUGCAACAAAAUAUUGCGCAGAUUAAACAGGCUACGGCAAUUAUGAAGCAAGAACCACAGAAAGGAAUUGUUACUGUUAUUGAAUUGGAGAACACCAUUGAAACUUUGAAGGAUGUAAUGGAGGAAUCUGCAAAAGACAUUGCUUCUUCUCUGAAUGAGGAUCAAGCGAAUAUCUUGGUGGAACCUUUAAAUAAAAUUUGCGCUGUAGUUGAAAAUUUAAAAGCAAGUCUAACCAAACCGGAAAUAAUAGAAAUGACAAAACCUGCGCUGAACGAAGCUUUGGUUGCACUAAAGCAGUCUAUAAGCAUUGUAACAUUAGAGAAACCUGAGCUGAAUAAUUUGAAACUAGUUGAAGAUAAAUUAGUUGCUUCAAUAGCUAAAUUGAAUGAAGACCAAGUUGUGAUUGAAAAGAUUUCCAAAUUAGAGACAAUAAAUGAACAAUUAUCUGCAAUGAAAGUACAGACUACCGAAAUUAAACAACAGCCCCAAAUGGCUGCAAUUGGGAUAAUCGAAUUGGAUACAUCUCUGCAGACACUACAAGAAACUAUUAACAGUUUAGAAUCGAAAGAAGAAUCUACCAAAGAAUUGCCUAUAGCAUGUAUUGAGCAAAUACAAGGUUUGGAUCAACCACUUAAAGAAGUUUCGCUUGUAAUUGAAAGUAUUAAAACUGCCAUUAUAAAACCAGAAAUGCUUGAAGUUCAAAAACCAAUUCUCAAACAAGCUCUUGUUGUCCUGAAAGAGUCUAUAAGUAAAGUCGAUGUCUCUAAACCUGAAUUACAAAAACUGAAAUUCGUGGAAGAAUCUCUGAACGCUUCUAUUGCUCAAUUAUCAGAUGUCAAAGAGAAAAAGAUUUCCAAAUUAGAGACAGUAACUAAUCAAUUGGAAGCAAUGAAAGUACAAACUACAGAAAUUAAACAGGAGCCUCAAUUGGCUGCAAUUGGAAUAAUCGAAUUGGAUACAUCACUGCAGACUUUGCAAGAAACUAUUAAUAAUUUAGAAUCCAAAGAAGAAUCUACCAAAGAAAUGCCUGAAGCAUGUAUUGAACAAAUACAAGCUUUGGAUCAACCAUUGAAAGAAGUUUCAGUUGUAAUUGAAAGUAUUAAAACUGCAAUUACAAAACCAGAAACCCUUGAAAUUCAAAAACCAAUUCUAAAGCAAGCCCUUGUUGUCUUGAAAGAAUCUAUAAGUAAAGUUGAUGUGUCUCAACCGGAAUUAAAGAAAUUAAAGAUUGUGGAAGAAUCUUUGAACUCUUCUAUUGCUCAAUUAUCUGAUGUCAAAGAGAAGAAAGUUAUGCAAUUAGCUUCAGUAAAUGAACAAUUAUCUGCGAUGAAAAUACAAACCACAGAAAUUAAACAAACACCGCAGAUGGCUACAAUUGGAAUAAUCGAAUUAGAUGCAUCUCUGCAAACAUUACAAGAAACUAUUAACAGUUUACAAGUGAAAGAAGAAUCUACAAAGCAGUUACCUGAAGCUUGUAUUGAACAGAUACAAGCCUUGAAUCAACCUUUGAAAGAAGUUUCACUUGUUGUUGAGACUAUUAAAUCUGCUAUGACAAAACCAGAAUCUCUUGACGUUCAAAAACCAAUUCUCAAACAAGCUCUCGUUGCCUUGAAAGAAUCAAUAAGCAAGGUUGAUGUUUCUCAACCUGAAUUAAAGAAGUUAAAGGUUGUGGAGGAAUCGUUGAAUGCUUCUAUUGGACAAUUAUCUGAGGUCAAAGAGAGUAAGAUUGAAAAAUUGGCUUCCGUAAAAGAACAACUAUCUGCAAUAAAACAACAAACUAUAGAAAUGAAACACGAACCCCAGGUGGCUAUCAUUGGUAUUAUUGAAAUGGAUAAAUCUCUUCAGGCUUUACAAGAAACCAUUAACAGUUUAGAAUGCAGAGAAGAAUCUACCAAAAAAUUACCUGAAGCUUGUAUUGAUCAGAUCCAAGCUUUGGAUAAACCACUGAAAGAAGUUUCAGUUGUAAUUGAAAAUAUUAAAACUGCAAUUGCAAAGCCAGAAACACUCGAAGUUCAAAAACCAAUCCUAAGACAAGCUCUUGUUGCCUUGAAAGAAUCGAUAAGUAAGGUUGAUGUCUCUCAACCAGAAUUAAAGAAAUUAAAACUUGUAGAGGAAGCUUUGAAUUCUUCUAUUGCUCAAUUGUCUGAUGUCAAAGAGAAGAAAGUUAUACAAUUGGCAUCAGUAAAUGAACAACUAUCUGCAAUAAAAAUACAAACGACAGAAAUUAAACAAGAAUCCCAAAUGGCUGCAAUUGGAAUAAUUGAAUUAGAUACAUCUCUUCAGACUUUGCAAGAAACUAUUAACAAUUUAGAAUCUAAAGAAGAAUUUACCAAGGAAAUGCCUGAAACUUGCAUUGAACAGAUACAAGCUUUAAAUCAACCAUUGAAAGAAGUUUCAGUUGUUGUUGAAAGUAUUAAAUCUGCUAUGACGAAACCAGAAUCUCUUGAAGUUCAAAAACCAAUCCUCAAACAAGCUCUUGUUGCCUUGAAAGAAUCAUUAAGUAAGGUUGAUGUAUCUCAACCAGAAUUAAAGAAUCUGAAGGUUGUUGAAGAAACGUUGAACGCUUCAAUUGCACAAUUAUCAGAUGUUAAGGAAGAGAAGAUUAUAAAAUUAGCUUCUGUAAUAGAACAAUUAUCUGCAAUGAAAAUACAAACUUCAGAAAUUAAACACCAACCUCAAAUGGCUACAAUUGGGCUAAUCGAAUUAGAUAAAUCUCUUCAGACUUUGCAAGAAACUAUUAACAGUUUAGAAUCUAAAGAAGAAUUUACCAAGGAAAUGCCUGAAACUUGCAUUGAACAGAUACAAGCUUUAUAUCAACCAUUGAAAGAAGUUUCAGUUGUUGUUGAAAGUAUUAAAUCUGCUAUGACGAAACCAGAAUCUCUUGAAGUUCAAAAACCAAUCCUAAAACAAGCUCUUGUUGCCUUGAAAGAAUCGAUAAGUAAGGUUGAUGUCUCUAAACCAGAAUUAAAGAAACUGAAGGUUGUUGAAGAAACGUUGAAUACUUCAAUUGCACAAUUAUCAGUUGUUAAGGAGGAGAAGAUUUUAAAAUUAGCUUCUGUAAUAGAACAAUUAUCUGCAAUGAAAAUACAAACUUCAGAAAUUAAACACCAACCCCAAAUGGCUACAAUUGGACUAAUCGAAUUAGAUAAAUCUCUUCAGACUUUACAAGAAACUGUUAACAGUUUAGAAUCUAAAGAAGAAUCUACCAAAGGAUUGACUGAAGCUUGCAUAGAACAGAUACAAGCUUUAAAUCAACCAUUGAAAGAAGUUUCAGUUGUUGUUGAAAGUAUUAAAUCUGCUAUGACGAAACCAGAAUCUCUUGAAGUUCAAAAACCAAUCCUCAAACAAGCUCUUGUUGCCUUGAAAGAAUCAAUAAGUAAGGUUGAUGUCUCUCAACCAGAAUUAAAGAAACUGAAGGUUGUUGAAGAAACGUUGAACGCUUCUAUUACACAAUUAUCAGAUGUUAAGAAGGAGAAGAUUAUAAAAUUAGCUUCUGUAAAAGAAGAACUAUCUGCAAUGAAAAUACAAACUACUGAAAUUAAGCAACUGCCCCAAAUGGCUGAAAUUGGAAUAAUGGAAUUAGAUAAAUCUCUGCAGACUUUGCAAGAAACUAUCGAUAGUUUAGAAUUAAAAGAAGAAUCUACCAAAGAAGUACCCGAAGUUUGUUUUGAACAGAUCCAGACUUUGGAUAAACCAUUAAAAGAAGUUUCCGUUAUUGUUGAGACCAUAAAAACUACCAUCUCAUCACCUGAAUCUCUCGAAGUUCAAAAACCAAUUCUUAAACAAGCUCUCGUUGUCUUGAAAGAAUCUAUAAGUAAGGUUGAUAUAUCUCAACCCGAAUUAAAGAAAUUAAAAAUUGUCGAAGAAUCGUUGAACGUUUCCAUCGCGCAAUUAUCCGAUAUCAAAGAAAAGAAAAUUGCAAAAUUAACUUCUGUAAAUGAACAACUAACUGCGAUGAAAAUACAAACUACAGAAAUAAAACAACAGCCCCAUAUGGCAACAAUUGGAAUAAUGGAAUUAGAUAAAUCUAUUCAGACUUUACAAGAAACUAUUAAGAGUUUAGAAUCACCAGAAGAAAAUUUUGGAGAAUUACCAGAAAUUUGUAUUGAACAGGUACAGGCUUUGGAUCAACCGUUGAAAGAAGUUUCAGUUGUAAUUGAAACUAUAAAAACUGCCAUUGCAAAACCAGAAACUCUUGAAGUUCAAAAACCAUUCCUCAAACAAGCCCUUGUCGCGUUGAAAGAAUCCAUAAGUAAAAUUGAUGUCACUGAACCUGCAUUACAAAAAGUUAAGGUAGUAGAAGAAUCGCUGAAAGCAUCUAUUGCACAAUUAUCCGAUGCCAAACAUAAGAAAAUUGCAAAAUUAGCUUCAGUAAAUGAACAACUAUCUGCAAUGAAAAUUCAAACUACAGAAAUUAAACAAAAACCACAGAUGGCUGCAAUUGGAAUAAUCGAAUUAGAUAAAUCUCUGCAGGCUUUGCAAGAAACUGUUAAUAAUUUAGAAAUCAAAGCAGAAACUACCAAAGAAUUGCCUGAAGAAUGUAUUGAACAAAUACAAGCUUUGGAUCAACCACUGAAAGAAGUUUCAGUUGUAAUUGAAAGUUUGAAAACUGCCAUAACAAAACCAGAAACGCUUGAAGUCCAAAAACCAAUUCUCAAACAAGCCCUUGUUUCCCUGAAAGAAUCUAUAAGUAGAGUUGAUGUGUCUCAACCAGAAUUAAAGAAAUUAAAGAUGGUAGAAGAUUCAUUGAAUUCAUCUAUUGCUCAAUUAUCUGUUGUUAAAGAGAAGGAAAUUAUGCAAUUAGCUUUUGUAAAUGAACAACUAUCUGCAAUGAAAGUACAGACUUCAGAAAUUAAACAACAACCCCAAAUGGCUGCAAUUGGGAUAAUCGAAUUGGAUACAUCUCUGCAGACAUUACAAGAAACUAUUAACAGUUUAGAAUCCAAAGAAGAAUCUUCAAAGGACUUACCUGAAGCUUGCAUUGAACAGUUACAAGCCUUGAAUCAACCGUUGAAAGAAGUUGCAGUUGUUAUUGAAACUAUAAAAACUGCCAUAGCAAAACCAGAAACUCUUGAAGUUCAAAAACCAAUUCUUAAAAAAGCUCUCGUUGCCUUGAAAGAAUCGAUAAGUAUGGUUGAUGUCUCUCAACCUGAAUUACAAAAAAUGAAAUGCGUGGAAGAAUCGCUUAACGCAUCUAUUGCUCAAUUAUCUGAUGUCAAAGAGAAGAAAGUUAUACAAUUAGCGUCAGUAAAUGAACAAUUAUCAGCAAUUAAAGUACAAACUGCAGAAAUUAAACAACAACCCCAAAUGGCUAAAAUUGGAAUAAUUGAAUUAGAUACAUCUCUGCAGACUUUACAAGAAACUAUUAACAGUUUAGAUUCCAAAGAAGAAUCUACAAAGAAAUUACCCGAAGCAUGUAUUGAGCAGUUACAAGCCUUGGAUCAACCAUUGAAAGAAGUGUCAGUUAUUGUUGAAACAAUGAAAAGUGCUUUGGCAAAACCAGAAUCGAUUGAAAUUGAAAAGCCAAUUCUCAAAAAAGCUCUCGUUGCUUUAAAAGAGUCGAUAAGCAAAGUCGAUGUCUCUCAACCGAAAUUAAGUAAAUUGAAGAUUGUAGAAGAUACUUUGUUCGCUUCCAUUGCAAAAUUGUCUAAAACACCUGAAUCUAUAAAAUUGGAAUCCGUGAAAGCUCCUAUUAUUGAGAUGCAGGAAAAACUUGUUAAAUUGAAAUCUAAAGGCGAGGAAAUGAAGCAAGGAGUACUUGGUUUCGUUGAAUUAGAUAAAUCGCUAGAAGGUUUGAAAGAAACAAUAAACAAUUUGGAGAAGAGCGGCGAGGAUUUGCCCGAAAUUGAACAAAUAAAAUCUUUGGAGGAACCUCUUAAAGCUAUUUCAUGUAUCGUUGAUAACAUUAACACCGGAAUUUCCAAGCCGAAAACGGUUGAAGUUGAAAUGCCUGUUUUGAAGCAAGCUUUGAUCGCGUUAAAAGAGUCCAUUAACAAAAUAGACGUUACAAAAUCCGAAUUGCAAACGCUAAAAAUCGUUGAAGAAAAUUUGAGAGCGUCAAUUGCCAGUUUAUCCGAUGUGAAAAAGUCAUUGAUGAAAUUGGAAGCAGUGAAAGUACCAUUAAUGCAAAUUCAAAAGAAAGUUUCCGAAAUCGUUGUAUCUAAAGAUUCCUCUCAGGUAGGAGUUCUUGGUAUAGUAGAAUUGGAAAAGUCUCUGGAAAGCUUGACUGAAACCAUGAGCAAUUUAGAAUCGGCCGAAGAUAUACCAGAAGUUGUUCUAAAACAAAUUCAACAAUUGGAGGAACCACUUAAAUCUGUGGAUAAUGUUGUGGAAGUUCUCAAAUUGAAUUCAAAUAAACCGGAGAUCAUCGAGAUGCAAAAACCUGUUUUGCAGCAAGCUCUUGAAGCGCUGAAGGAGUCCAUCAAUAAAAUCGAAAUUAGCCAACCGGAAUUGCAGAACUUAACAAUUGCCGAAAAGAAUUUAACCGCAUCCAUUGCAACUUUAUCAAAUAUAAACAGAUCGAAUCUGGAUUCUGUGAAAGCACCAAUUUUACAACUGCAAGAGCAAAUAUCUCAUAUAGCGCUGGAAGUUAGUAGGAUGGAACAACAACCUCAAUCGGGUGUGCUUGGUGUCAUUGAAUUAGAUAAAUCUCUUGAAAUUUUGAAAGAAACAUUGAACAGUUCAGAAUCUUCGGAAGAUUCGUGCAGACAGCUAAAAACUUUGGAAGAGCCUCUUAAAGAAGUUUCCAGUAUUGUGGAAGUUAUCAAGUGUACGUUAACCGAACCUAAUAUCAUUCAGAUGCAAAAACCUGAGUUGAAGAAAGCACUCGUCGCACUAAAAGAAACACUCAUUAAAGUUAACGUCGAAGAGCCUCAGAUGAAGAGUUUGGAAAUUGUUAAAAAUAAGUUGAUUACGUCUAUAGGUAUUUUAACAGAGCCAAUAGAAGCUGAGAAAUUGAAAGCGAUUAAAUUGCCUAUAGAGUGUCUUGAAAAGCAGUUGAUAGAAAUUAAGGGAAAAGUGGAUGAAAAAGUUGUACUUCACAUAACCGAUUUAGAUGAGCCCUUGAAGGUAUUAAAGGAUACAGUGGAAGCCGUUGAUUUGCUGGAAGACCUCGACCAGUUGGAUUGUAUCAAGGAGCCAGUCUUGGAAAUUUUCGAAUCUGUAAAGGAGAUUAGUUCGCUCAAGUUUAAAUCGGAGAUAAUUGAAAUGAAGAAAUCGACGAUAAAGAAUUCCUUGAAAGCUUUGAAAAAUCAUAUUAGUAAGAUUGCUACAGAUAACCCGAAAUUCCAGAAGCUGAGAAUUGUUGAAGCACAUUUGGAAUCUUUACUUGCUAAAAUCGAAGAGGCUCCUGUUUCUUAUGAAGUAAUCAAAGUUCCUUUAACGUCUAUUAGUGAGUCCAUUAAAUUAAUGAAAUUGGAGCAAGGCAAACCUCAAACAGGAGUAAGAAGUAUUUUAGGAUUGGAGCGUUCUUUGAGCGAAUUCGAAGAGUCAGUGAUAGUAUUAGAACAAACGGACAUGCGUUUCGAAUCGUUGAAUGCUAUUUCAUUACCAUUAAAAGAAAUUGCCUCUACGGUAGAAGCGGCUAUCAAAAAUCCAGAUUCAUUCAGACUGGAAAAAGAUAAGUUCUGCAAAAGUUUAAAGAUGUUCGAGGAAGAAUCUUCUAAGAUAAUAUCUAGUUCUCCGAAAGAUAUCUUUUUUAUUGAGCCUCUAAAGGCGUUGGAGAGUGAAGUUUCCAUAAUCAAACUUAAAUUAAUCAAAGAACCUAUUACAAAGCUUGAAGAGCAAAUUGAAUUGUCCGAAGUUUAUGGGCAAGAUAUUACAAGUAUUCCAAAGAAGUGCGCUACUGUUCUGGUGGAAUUGAAGAAACCUUUGCUGGCGUUGAAAGAAAGCACAACUAAAAUUGAUGAUAUUGCAAUAAUGGAAGGAUCAUUGGAACACAUCUCCAAAUCUCUGGAAGCUGUGCUACUUUGCAAAGGAGAAGCUUUAGAAAAGAAGCAGCAACUACAUAAAGCUCUAAUUGAUUUCAACACAAUUCCCGUUGACUGCAACGAUGUUAAAGAAAGCAUGUUGAAGGUAGCGGAAGAGUUAAAAAACUCCGAAUCUUUAGAUAUGUUCGCUGUGUCGAUUCAAAAACUACAAGAGUCGAUUACGCAAGAAGCAAAACUUCGCAAUUUGCUGGAACCGUUGACGUUGCUCAAGGAAUCCGCUCAAGCUGUGGAAUCUCCGGAAGAAUUGGAGAGCUACAAAAUUGCAUCAGACGAAUUCAAUGAAGCGAUUUCUGGACUUGAAACUUUAGAUGACACAAAGAUAUCUAAAGCGUUGCAAGUUUUCAAGGAAGUAUGCAACCCGGAGCUUCGAAAACUUCAAGCCCUUGAAGUUCCUUUGGAAGCGGUGACUGGCGUCAUUAACGAAAUACAGAAAGCGAUCGCUGUUAAAGCAAAAUUGAAUUCAGCGAAGGAACCGUUCGAGGAAUUAUUGCAAACGCUGAGCAAUUCGAAGAUGAACGUAUCAAACUUGGCAACGUCUGUGAGCGAAUUUAAUAAGAAUUUAAAUAAGAGCGAAAUCGAUGAAGGAAUUGUAGAACAUUUAAAUGCACUUCAAUUACCUGUGAAAUCUUUAAACACAGCGUUAACUUCAGAAGAGGCUAAAGUAUUUAUUAAAUUGGGAGAAUUGAAAUCGUGUAUUGCUAAUAUCAAAGUUUCUGGUCAAUUUGAAGAUGACUUGAAGAAAAUAUCAUCCGAACUUACCGUUAUACAAAACGAUUACGUAAAGAAAAAAUUACAAGUUUCUAAACAACCUAUAAUUACGUUGAUUAAAAGCAUUGGUAAAUUGAAUAGUUCAGAUUCACAGAAGAAAAGUGAUGCAUCAAUAAAAGAGAUGAAAAAACCGUUUGAGAACUGCUUGAAUUAUUUAGAUAAAUCAGCAAACGAUUUAGAUGUAACUCCAAUGGAGAUUAUCAUUUCAUUAGAGCAUCCAAUUCAAGAGUUGUCUAAUUCUUUAAACACUGCAGCAGUUUCCUCAUCUAUAAAUGCAUUAAAGACAUCAAUAAUUAAUAUUCAAGGAGAAGUUCCAAUUUGUUUGGUCGAAUUGCAAAAAGUAUUGGAAGAAACUGAAAAACAACUAGUGAGAGAUGUAAAUAUCACUAAAGCAAAACUUGUAAUGGAACAACUUAAAUUACCAACAGAAACUCUUCUGCAGAAGGUUAAACUAUUAAGCGAAAAGCGAUCAUUGCUAAAAGCAAAGUCACAAAGUGGAAUAUUUUCAAUUUUGGAUUUAGAGCCUCCUGUGAUUGCGUUACAAACUUCUUUAAGUGAAACCAAAUUUCUAGAGGAAUCUUCUGAUUUAGAACUAAAGAAUAUUUUAGAUUUAGCGAAAGCGCAAGAAUCUUUACAACGAUUUGCUAUUACUAUUAGCAAUGUAACAGAAGUGCUAGAAUCUCCGAUAAGUGUUCAAGAAAAUAAAGAAGGCUGCCUGCUUAUAACAAAUGAUCUUAAGAAAAGUUUAAAAGACUUGAAAGAUAUACCUGAAAUCCAAAAUUCGAUUAAUGAAAUGUGCACUAAGUUAGAAAGCAUCGAAGAAUCCUUGAAGACAAUAGAAUACAAGCAAUGUGUACUUAAAGACGUUUUGAAUAUAGGUGAUAUGGAAGAAAAUAUCAAGAGUAGUAAACUAGCAAUUGAAAGAUUAAAAUCAAAGAAAGAACAGUGUCUGUUCAAGUUGAUUCAACCGAUAACUUUAUUUUUGGACCAAUUAACAAUUAUAAAUCGAUUAGUAGUCGACGAAGAAGUUGUGGAUUUGUAUAAGAAAGAGUUUGCUUUAGUUGAAGAAACCAUGUCGAUGCUUAAUAAAGUUAUUAAGGAAAAGGCGGAAUUGAGGUCGAAUUUGGAAAAUUUCAAGUCUAAAUUUGAAUCUUUGAAAAAGCUAAGCCAAUUACAAUCAUUGGAUAAAAACGUCAAUUCUUUUGUAACGUCGAUAACGGAAAUACUCAAAGAUUUAAGUAAGUUGGACGAAAAAGAAGACAUACAGAAUUUAGUGUACGGAGUUAGUGGAGUUUUGGAACCUUUGGACCAGAACAUUAAUCUUAUAAGUAAAACCGCACCAACGAACAAUGUAAAAUUAUUGUUUGGUAACUUGAUGACACCUCUUCAAGAAGUUUCUGAAAGCAUACUAACUUUCAGCGUGGAAGAUGUUCCAGAUUUAAUUAUUGAGAAAACGUGCAGACUUAUAAAUCCGAUAGAAUCGGUAGGAGUUGUAACACAAAAGUCAUUGCAAAGAAUAGAUGAUGCCGAUGAGGAGAGUAAAAUCUUGAAGAAGAAAAUUGAUAAUAUCGGCUGUAAUAUUACUAAACUGGUUGCAACUAUAAAAUGUGGAAAAGAUAACAAGAAGGUGCUUAAUAAUUGGGACGAAUUGAAGAACAUCAUGACAGAUUUAUACGAGGUUUUGAUUGUUGUGAAACUGUCUGGAACUGUUGAUGCUGGAGAUGAGAAAGAAGCUAAAAACAAGAAAAAGGCAGAGGAAGAAGUCGAGGAAGAAUUGAAGAAAGAAAAUGAACUUGAAUUAGAAAUACAAGAUAAGACCAUGAAGGAGGAAGAAGCUGUAAAAGAAACUGUCGAAACGGCAAAGGUGGAGAAAGAAGAAGUAAAGAAAGAGGCUGAAGAGAAGGACACAGAAGAAGAAGCGGCGAAAGAACUUAAAGAAAAAGAAACUGAAGUAUCUGAAGCUAAAGUUAAUAAAGAAGCCGAAGAGAGAUUCAUGGAGGAAAAGGAAGCCAAAGAAGCAGACAAAGAAGUUAAAGAAAAGGCCAAGAAAGAAAAGGAAGCCAAAAAAGCUGAAGCUAAAUUAAAAGCAGAGAAGGAAGCACAAGAUAAAGAAGCGAAGGAAAAGGCAGAAAAAGAAGUUAAAGAAAAGGCUAAGAAAGAAAAGGAAGCCAAAGAAGCUGAAGCUAAAUUAAAGGCAGAGAAGGAAGCUCAAGAUAAAGCAGAGAAGGAAAAGGCAGAAAAAGAAGUUAAAGAAAAAGCUAAGAAAGAAAAACAAGCCAAAGGAGCUGAAGCUAAAUUAAAGGCAGAGAUGGAAGCUAAAGAUGUGGCUAAGAAGGAAAGGGAAAAUAAAUAUGUUGAACCAAAGAUAGAGACUGAUGGCGAAGCUCAAACAGAAAAAGCAAAGGUCGAAAAAGAUGUGAAAGUAAGAUCAAGUAAAGUAGUGAAGAAGGAUGCUACAGAAAAAAAAGAAACAAUACAAUCAGAAAUAACAGAAAUUGAAAAGUCUAAGGAAGAAGAUAGAAAGAAAUCAGAUAAAUUAAAGAGAGAUAAAGCAGCUGAUGUAAAGAUUCAUUUAGAGAAAGAAAUCGAAGUGAAAUCUGGAAGGGAAUCAAAAGCAGAGUGUGAAGCAACAGGUGCAAAAAAGAAGUUUAUCGUUCAGGAGAAACAUCAACAUUUGGAAAUUCCACGUGAACAAGUAAUUACCAAAUUUAAAAAGUUCGAUGAUGAAAGUUCUGAGAAGAGCGAUUCAUUCCACGAUCGUAGAGGAAGAAGUCCAGUGCGUGAGAAACCAAGAUUCACCGGUCGUGACAUGUCAGAUCUGGGUUUCGAAAUGUAUAAACCUACCGGUUACAGAGCAUCAAGAUUCGUAGAUAAAAGACCAAUGUUUGGCACACAACUGUCAAACAGAACAGCAACAUCAGGCUCAAGAGUGAAACUUACUUGUACAAUAAUUUCUACCGGAGAGCAAAUCCUUAUGUGGAUGAAGGAUGGCCUCCAGUUGGAACACUCAAACAAAUACAAAACAUCAUUUGGAGAUGGAUUGGCUACCUUGGAAGUGCUGAACGCCACCGUAAGUGAUACCGGGGAAUACAGCUGUUUUGUUAAGAACGAACACGGAUGUAAUUCGACCAAAGCUCAAUUGAAAGUGUACGAUAGUUUCGAGCCAUCUCCGAUGCCACCAGUAUUUACCAGACAUAUCAGAGAGCAUUACAGGAUCGUUGAUGAUGAAAUGAGCUUGGAAUGCAGGAUAAGAGCGCAUCCGAUGCCCACUAUAACCUGGCAGAAAGACGGAAGGAACAUUGAACAUGGACAGAAAUACGAGGCCCAGUACUUAGCAGAUGGCAUUUGCAAAUUGAUAAUCAGGAAUCCGAAUUCUGAGGAUAACGGUUGUUAUUCAUGUAAAGCAGAAAAUAGUUCUUGGAAUGAUCAGAUUUCACAUCAGUUACGAUUCAACAGUAAAAGCGAUUUCAUAUCGGCGAGGUCUGAAAGAUCGGCCUCCAGCAAACUCGCUGUGGAUUCCAGAAGACCGCACUUAUCGAGCAUUUUGACGGACAACCAUGUUCCAUCUGGAGGAGUUUUAGCAUUGCAGGUGGAGGUUAAAGGUGCACCAACAGAAGUUAGUUGGUACAAAGAGAACAGUCCCUUGCCAAAAGAUUCUCUAAAACAUAAGACCUAUGAAGAAUCUGGAGUGUACACUCUGUUGGUACCAGAAGCGACUGAAUCGGAUAUAGGAAAAUACACUUUCAGUGCGGUGAACAAUUACGGAAAAAUCGAGACCUCAGCUUAUGUAGAUGUGAUAGAUCCUAACAAUCUAAAGGAGGGAAAGCCGGCAAUGUUCUUGUCGAGACCAGACACUUUGAUGAGCGUAGCAAACGGCGAAGACAUAACCGUAUCCUUUAGGAUUUCAGGAGAGCCCAAACCGAAAGUGACUUGGAUGAAAGGAUUGAAGGAUAUCACCAAUAGUCAUCGUUCAUUGAAAUUCACUUCCGAUGAUUACGUGCGAUUUACGUUGAAGAGGGCUUCCGAUAAUGAUGCUGGAACGUAUUGCAUUCUCGCCAAAAAUCGUUUCGGGUGUGAUCGUGCUUUCUUCACAGUCAGAUUGAGGCAACGUGCCAGAUCAGCCACUCCUGUAAGGACGACUACAUUAACCGACAUUCUGGACGAAAUCCCAAGCUACCAAGAACGCCAGUCGCUCAGAGAAGUGCCAGGGCCAAUUUCUUCUCCGCCAAUAAUCAUCGACACGGGAAGGAAUUGGGUAUCAUUGGCAUGGGGUAAACCGGACUGCAGAGGCGCUGCACCAGUGAUCGCCUACAAAGUGGAGGCAUGGCAGAAGGGAGGCGAGACCAGAUGGGUCCAACUCGGUAUCACCCCAAUAAGCAGUUACGACGCUUUCAAUCUUAUACCAGACACUGAGUAUCAGUUCCGGGUGACUCCUAGGAACAGGUAUGGAUGGGGAGAACCGGUGCAGAGCGAUCCCAUGACCAUCGGACGUCACGUCGAGCUACCGGAGUUCACCAAAAUUCUUCCUGGUCAGAUGAAGGUUCUCCUGAACUCGGAGAUUAUACUAGAAUGCCAUCUGAAGUGCGACGCAUACUCGACGGUAAUUUGGCGCAGGGAUGAUGCGGCCAUUAAAGAGGAUGACAAGAACUACGUCAUUAAGAACGUAGACGGUCUGUGCUCUCUUAAGAUCAAACAAUUGAGAAUCGAAGAUGCUGGUCGUGUAUCCUGUGAGGCCGUCAACAGAAUAGGCAAAGUCUCCACUUUCGUUCGUCUUUGCGUGGUUUCCGAUCCGAAACUUCUAGUUGCUGACACCCAUCUUAAAGAGGGUUUGAAAGAGGAGAACACGGAAGAGAUACCUCCGCAAUUCACGAUGCGUUUGCGUAACCGACGCAUCCAGAACAGCUAUCCGGUGAGGAUGACGUGCCAAGUAGCGGGAAGACCAUCGCCGAAGGUGUCUUGGUACAAGAACGGAAAACCAAUAUUGGUGGAUGCCAGACACACAUAUUGGUUUGAAGAGAAUUUCCACACUCUCGAGAUUUGUCGUACAAAUUUAGACGAUUCGGCGACGUACAGCGCCAUAGCUCAGAACGAUUUCGGAUCAGUAUCUUGUCGUUGUUAUUUAGUAGUAGAUACAGGAAUUCGAACGUACAUAGCUCCAGAAUUCAUCAACGAAAUCACACCGCAAGGUUUACAACUGCAGGAAGGCGAAGAGUUGAUGCUGGCCACCCAAGUCCAAGCUUAUCCCACGGUUAGCGUAGUUUGGUACAGGGAUGGGAUGCGUCUGAGGCAAUCUAGAAAAGCAGUGACGACAUUAUGCCACGAUGGACGAGUCCAGUUGUGCGUUGGUGCGGUAACCAGCAGAGAUGCUGGUGUUUACACGUGCAUUGCCACCAACGAAAUCGGAAGAGCUGAAACUAGUUGCGCCGUUGAAGUUCUCGAAAAAGGUCCAAAGAGCAAAAUCGAAGAAGCUUCUGUUGUACAGAUAGAUCAACCAUAUUCGAAAGAACCCAAGUUCCUGAAGAAACCCUUGAAUUCGAUUGCUUAUGAAGGUGAUGACGUGGUGAUUCUUUGCGAGGUGAUCGGCGAUCCAAAGCCGGAAGUGCUGUGGCUGCGCGACUUCUUGAAGCCGGAAUAUUACCGAGACGCGGCGCAUUUCCAUCGCAUCGGAGAAGGUUCCGAGUACCGUUUGGAGAUACCCCAGGCCAAAUUGGACUUCACGGGCACUUACACGGUAUUAGCGAAGAAUUGCCACGGCGACGCCAAAGCCAUAAUUUCGUUGCAAAUUAAGGCCAAAGACAUUCUGGACGACAGAAAUUACAGCAUCCGAAGGAUUGGAAACGUGCAAACGCAUCCUACGGUUGUUAAGAAACUGAGGGAUAUCAGAUGCUGCGACGGUGAUUCCGUGUCUUUGGAGUGCACAGUAGACGCAACUCCACCACCUAACGUUCGUUGGGAAAAGGGCGGAAAGAUUGUACAUUUGGGCGGUGACUUUGAGGCGACUUUCGAGGACGGCGUUGCGAGAUUGCGUAUUGCCAAUGUGUAUCCAGAGGACGAAGGGGAGUACACCUGUGUAGCCUACAACGAUCUCGGAAAGGCAUCAACCUCGGCCUGCCUGGUCGUCGACGUGCCUGAGGAGAGGGACAAUUUAUUGUCGGAGAAUUUGAGCUGUCCAGCCGGUCUGACGCCGUCGAGCGCAACACCCAGAGUUACUCCUGCCCGCAGCGUUUCUCCCAGACCCAGACAACGGGACGUUACACCCAGGAGGCAGUUCCAAGGAACGAGGAGUUCUCGAGGAGUACCACCAAAGUUCUUCGCGAUUCCGCACAACAAGGUUGUCGAGGAGGGAGCGACGGUCCGGUUCCAGUGCGCCGUCGCCGGAUACCCGGAUCCCUACACCGUCUGGGAUAAGGACCGUAAGGUCCUCAAUCAGACGCCGAGGGUGUCCAUCAAGGAGCAGGACGAUCUCAGGAUUCUGGAGAUAAGCGAGAUCACCACCAAAGAUGCAGGAUUGUAUAGGGUCACUUUAGAGAAUACUGCGGGAAGGGUCGAGGCGACGGCUCGUUUAGAUGUCAUUGCUCGGUUCCCGCCGUGCUCAGAAGGUUUCAGGGCGCGCAGCUCUUCGCCGAAGAGGAAGUACGUUGUCGGGUACAGCUACGUCAAUCCGUACUGCUACACCAGCUCCAGGCAGACGCGCGCUCUUUCUGCGCCGUACAGCAGGAAGCAGUACUCUAAUCAAACGGAAAUAUGCGAAACGAAGAGCAACGACAUGGAUGGCGUUGAAAUAAUCGAAGGUCUACCCAAAAUCAAGGAUGUGGCUGAAGGUUCUUCGGUCACCCUCGCAGUACGCGUCGCAGGAAGCAAACCCUACGACGUGAUCUGGAUGAAGGAUGGAUGCGUUCUUCCCGAUUGCGAGGAUUUCCGUUACAUCGACGACGGAAAUGGAAACGUGUCUCUUCACAUCCAAGACACUUUCCCACAAGAUGCAGGGAACUACAGGUGCGAAGUCUACAAUCCUUACGGAGAAGCCAUGUCCAAAUGCGCCCUAAUCGUCAGAGAAAAUGCAAACACCGAUUUGGAAUUCACGAAGAUCCCGAACUCCGUCUUCAUCCCAAUCGGUGGAGACGCUUCGUUCUGCGCUCGAGUUAAGAGCAACAAAGAGGACGGCGACGAGAAGCCCGUGAUCAGCUGGGAGGUGGCCGGACAGAAGGUCUGCACUUCGGGCAAAUACAAGGUAGAGGAGUACGAAGACGUCAGCGUCCUGCACAUAAGCGGAGUGACGUCCGAGGAGGCCGGCAGUGUCCGCUGUGUCGCUCGUCUACAGCAGCAAACGACGGCACCGUUGGAUUCGGAGCAGCAGCAGCAGCAGCAGAUCAGAUCCAGCAGUGAGCGUCGUCGCAGCAGCAGGAGCAGACGUCCGAUCAGUUGCCACGCGAACUUGACCCUCUUCAGUGACAGUGUUGACUGUGGUGGUGAGACCAGUGAUGCGAGCGAUAGUGUCCACGCCGAAGACGACGACGAUAUGACCAGAGUCACAGCCGACGGCGAAGCGCCCAUCGUCACCAAGGGACCUCAAGAUACGGCUGCCUUAGUCGGUGAUCGCGUCCUCCUAAAGGUUCACUACUUCGGUUACCCGGAACCAACGAUCAGAUGGAUCAAAUCCGUAAGUACCAACAACUAUUUUUCAUUUACAUCCACAUGCAUAACUCAAAGAUCUAAACAAACAUUACAUUUCGCUAAACUCAUCUUUAACAUUCAAUACAAAUCCAUAUUUGUACAACAAUGAAUUCACACGAAUAGA